CCACUCUGACAUUGAGGUGUUGCCGACAACUAGUUAGCUAUUGUACUUCCAAACUGUCUUUCUGCUACUGUUCGAGAGACUCCAUCGAAGAUACAGAAGCUCGCGAAGGAUGUGUGCCUCAAGGUGGAUCAAGGUCACUUUGCUGCUUCACCUGUUUUGCUCAGCUACCUCAUCUCCGCUUUCCACGCACACAUCUGCUCCUCUGCUCACCUCCCAAAUCCCUUCUCCAUAUCCAACAAUCUUGCCGUCCGCAGACUGGAUAGAUUUGUCGGAAAGCGCCCUCUGCCCUCUCACCUUGUCUCCAUCCAGCCUGGUGGUCAGGUUUGGAGAUCCAGUCAAAGUCAACUGCUCUGUGCCGAUGAAGGGCUUUUCUCUGCUAGGAUGGGAGGUCACACUGCUUGCUCCAGAGCCCACCAUGGAUAGCUUUCUAGUCUGGAAAGUGGAUCACAUGAGCGAAUGGAGCAUUUCCCCCAUGUGUUAUGCCGUGUCAGAUCUUGGAGGACCGUGUCACCGUCCUCUUCCUGUCCUCGUUUACAAACCUCCAGACAGUGUAUCCCUCAGCUUCGCGAACCACACGGGCUCACUCUUAGAGCACAAUCAGUACACUCUACAUUGCACCGUCCACGAUGUCGCACCGUCGAGGAACCUCGUCGUGACUUUCUACCGAAACCAAACCCGACUGGCUCGAUUACGUUCAAAUGUGACUGAUAAGACACCAGUGACUGAGAUCUUCCCGUUAAACAUCGUGGCAAUGAGGGAAGACGAUGGCGCCAACUAUUGGUGUGAGGCUGAACUACAACUGCAGCUGAUGACAACGAAGAAACCUGUAACAGUCGUGUCGGAAAAAGUCGCAACGACUGUCCUCUUUGGUCCACAACUGCUUUGCCCCACAAAGCUCCGAGUAAAGAUGGGCGAAAGUCUGCACUGCGAUGUUCGAGGAAAUCCUGAACCGUCGGUCAUCUGGCUCAAAGAUGGCCGCCGGGUGAUCCCGCCCACCCACUCCACGAGAGCGCACGCGGGGAAAUACACAGUGCUGGCUACAGGACUUUUUGGACAAAAGAAUGUGACCGUGGAGGUAGAGGUGGUCACAUGCAGAGGCACCGCAAGUGUGUGUGAAGGACUCUUCCUGCUGCUGUUUGUACUGAUGUUGAACGUGCUGUAAAGCUUCAAAAAUUAACCAAAGUCUCACUGCUGUUAACACAAAUGUCUGCUGCUGGGAGGAAAAUUUGUCAGGGAGUUUGGUUUCAUGUUUAGUUUCGCGUUUGCACGGGAUUAGUUAUCGUUGAUUUGUACCGUAUUGGCCCGAAUAUAAGACGGUGUUUUUUGCAUUGAAAUAAGACUGAAAAAGCGGGGGUCGUCAUAUUCGCGGUCUAGACGUUAUCCCCAUUCACGACGCUAGAUGGCGCCAGAUAUCAUUGAAGCGAUGUUCUGUCAUGACGGAUCUCAGCUACUCUCAAGUUUAACCAGUGUGCAUUAUUUUAUUGCAAUGUUUUUCCUUAUUCAGAUUUGUUUCAAGACUACAGUUACAGUUAGACUUCACUUUGAUGGUUAAUGCAGUUAUUGCAAUUUUCUCGUUUUAUCACAAUAGAUUGGUUUAUUUACAUUUAAAAAACCAGAAGCCAUUCAUUUACGAAUGUGAUUGCACUUUAGUUUACACAUUUAAAUGUUCAGAUAUUAAGAUUUGAAUGAGGCAAAACAGCAUGCUUUUUCUCUCACAUAUAUUGUUAUAAUCAUUUGUUUCAGAUGUACUGUAAUUAUUUUCUGUUUAAAAAUUUGGUGUAAAAAAAGUCUUUUUUCCCCAAACUUGAGUCUUGAAAAAGAGGGGGUCGUCUUAUAAUCAGGGCCGUCUUAUAUUCGGGCCAACACGGUAAUAAUAGCGGAUCAAUAUUGGGCCACAUAGAGAUGCUCCGCAGCACACCAUGGACAUCUCAGGACUACCAAGUCCCGCCAAAAAGCAUAAAAAAGGCUCUGCUUGGCAAGCUGGAGGCACUCCGAUGCAUGGACUUUAAUAGAUCUGCUUACACCAGUGUUUUUCAACCUUUUACGAGCCCCCUUUUUUCAAUUAGAAAAUCACAUGGCAAACCACCAAAAUAAUGUAAAAAUUAAUUUCUGUUGCCUAUAUUAACAAUAUAAAGUCCCGUUUUGAAUAGUAAAUACAACACAUUUUUCUGACAUGCUGCACACCACUGACAAUGUCACAGUCACUGCACUGCUAAUGCCACAACAUUGUCCCAAUGAAAGUUCUGCUUAUUCCUCAGACCAGACUCUCCAUGAGGAAAUAGUCUUUGCUUCCUUUUGACCGCCAUUCAAUGAGUUUUGUCCAGUGUACAGUUCCGAGUUAGCACAUUUCCUUUUUAAAAACUUUCCCCGCUGUUGCUGGCCACUGUCACCAUUAUAGUUUCACUAGUUAGCCGCUAGCCCAAAUGUCAUUCAUACCUCAUGCGCAUUACUAAACAAAGUAAUUAGCUAUUAGGGCUAGGAGGAUCCGCUUUUGUCAUGAUCCGAUCUGUAUCCCCGAUACCUGUGUGGCAAUCUGAUACUUCAACUAUAGACCCUACCCACGUGACGUCACAACUCCGCUCUCCUGAAUGGUACCGCCCAAUUGUCCGUCAAAACAGUGUUAACUUAUUAUGGCUACGUACAUUCUUCCUAUUUACGGCGUGUUUUUCUGCUCCUUAACAUUAAUAAUCAAAAUGGUGAAGGCGUGUGUGGCUGUUGGUUGCACUAACAGAGAAGAUGGAAGGAGAGACUUGAAGUUUUACCGUAUUCCGAGGGAUCCAAAGAGGAGAGCGAAAUGGACGGCUGCAAUUCGACGUGAAAACUGGGCACCAAAAAAUCACCACAGACUAUGUAGUAGUCAUUUUAUAUCCGGUAAGAUACAUUUAAGAUAUACUUAGAGGGUUUUGGGCUGACAAAUAACCACAAUUAAGAUCAUUUCUAGGCUAAUCGCCGACAACAUACACGUAUGUAUGUAGUGAGAGUGCUAUCGCUAAACCAUAUAAACAUUAAAAGCCUUAACUCCAUUGACAAACGACAUGAAAUACAUUAGACUUGACAGUGGAUGUUAGCAAUAACAAAAGAUUUUGAAUUGAAAAUUUCGUAACUCACCUUUCCAAGCACAAGAUAGAUUCCUGCCGAAUUUUCGUGGACGAGGACCUGUUUCACCCAACCAGCAACGAAGUAUUUAUAAGCCUCCAAGCUCUUGAAGUUUUUCAAAUUUUCGUGAGAAUAGGCUGAUUUUGUGUGGACAAGAUAAUUGUAAAUAUCAGCGUAGCAGAUGUCAGGCAGACAGGGCGAAGACAGUGGGUCGAAAAACAUCGAUUUGGGCAUCAAAUAUGGAUCUGGCGACUGUAUAGAACGAAGCUUUUCCACAUAACUCCUUUUAUGCAACACAUCCAGUGAGUUUACGGCAUCAGAAAGCACCGGGUCUUCCAUGAAAUGCAUUUUAAAUUCCUCGAUCAAUUGAAACCAAUGCUAAUACAGAGACAAAAUGACGGACAAGUGGGCGGAACCAUACAGCGAGCACGUGGUUUUAUGACGUCGGUGGGUAGUGUCUAUAGCAACAUAUUACCUUUUAAAAUUCAUAAAAAAGCAGAGGCAUGUAUCUCCGUUUAAACUACAUACCAUUUGACAUUCUUUUUUUAUUUUUACUUACAGCAACUGUUCCUAUGCAAAAUAGAACCAUUAUAAAUAUUACAAACCCUUCAUAUUUCAUAUCGAGUCCCAAUCCGAUACCGAAAUAAAAUUUGUUAAAAAAAAAGUUUUAAACAUGUUAAUGUCCCACUGAAUUAUUAUUUUUUUUAAACAGGAACAACCAGAGGUUGCGCUAGACAUUUUCGUUGUCUGUCAUUUUGACUGACAGGGUCAUAAAAAUCCGGUCAUAGUCUAUUUUUACCGGUCACUUCAAUUUUUAAAAUGAUAAUGAUGACAUAUUCAAUAGUAUUGUUUUCAUUCAUUUUUAAUUAAUAUUGUAACGCUUGCUUGGCGGCGAAAAAACACCCCCAAAGAAAAAGAGGCAACGAUAUAGACCCCAAUCACCAACGUCACACAAUGAUCUUAAUUGUGGUUGUCAGCUCAAAAUCUUCUAAAUAUAUAUUAAAUGCAUCUUACCAGAUAUAAAAUGACUACUACAUAGUCUGUGGUGAUCGUUUGGUGCCCAGAUUUCUUGUCGAAUUACAGCAGUCCAUCUCGCUCUCAUCCUCGGGUCUCUCAGAAUACGGUAGAACUUCAAGUCUCUCCGUCUAUCUUUUCUGUUACAGCAACCAACCGCCACACACGCCUUCACCAUUUUGAUUAUUAAUAUUAACGAGCAGAAAAACACGCCGUAAUAGGAGGCAUGUACGUAGCGGUAAUGUGUAAACAUGAACAGCUGACACACAAUAUGGCGGUUCCAGUCAGGGGGGCGGAGUUGUGACGUCAUGUGAUUGGGCGGCAAUCUUGUCCAUCAAUUGGAUGACGCGCUGGCACACCGGGUGCACCAAUAAGAACCUCGCGUUGAUGUGUCAAUCACGGUGCCGCCGCCAGACCCCGGUGACGCUACAAUAUUCUGACAGAAGAGCCAACGACGUCAUGCAUUAAGAGAGACAAUAGCUAAUUAAUAUGCUAACUCGCCACCCUGUGGUCUGGGGUGUGAAUUACAACCUGUCAAAAUGACGGACGGACGUCAGUUUUUUCCGUCACCGUUUUAAAAAACCGGUCAACGACGGAAAAUAUCCGGUUAACGCGACCCCUGGGAACAACAUAGAAAAGUACCGUACUUUUCGCACUAUAAAGGCGAACCUCUCUAUAAGCCGCCACCCAACAAAUUUGACAUGAAAACAGCACUUGUUUAUAAAUAAGCUGCACUGGACUAUGGGCCGCAGCUGUCCUCACUGUAUUAUGGGAUAUUUACACCAAAAGAUAUUAACCCAAAACACCUUAUUUGACAGUGGCAUCAGAGGAUGUCAUAAGACCAAAUGAACAACCUUGAAGUGUUAAACCAAUUAGCGGCAAAGCUUCAUUUGCUUCAAGAAGCUUCACUUAGCCAUCACUGCUCUCUUGGGGUAGACAGUCAACCUCUGCUGCUACCUGCUGUCAACACUGCUGUUGUCCAACAUGCCUCCAAGCAUGCAUUGCAGCACUAAAGAUGUAAAUAACAAUCAAAAUUCAUCUUCUGUGCUAAAUAUUUCUUCAGUUACUGUUCCAGUUUCAUUAUUUGCUAGUUAUGACAUUUGGUAACACUUUAUUUGACAGUGGCGCCACAAGACUGUCAUUAGACAAUCAUAAUUAUGACACUGUCAUGAGCAUUAAUGAAUGCUUAUAACAGAUGUCAUUUAGUGUUAUCCGGCAAAUUAUCUCACUUUUGAAUGAAUGUAAAAGAUCUGAGCUGGAGUUAGUGACAUAAUAUGCUGGGUGACACUUAAUGACAUCUGUCAUAAGCAUUCAGUAAUGCCCAUGAUAGUGUCAUGUCAUAAUUAUGACUGUCUUAUGAUGCUGCUGUCAAAUAAAGUGUUACCUAUUAACACAAAUAAAUCAACAACUAAGCCGCACUAGACUAUAAACCACAGGAUGCAAAAUCAGGGGGAAAAGUAGCGGCUUAUAGUCCGGAAAUUACGGCACUUAUCUUUUCGAAAUGCUUCAUUGAGUCAGUCCACUCAGGCUGCUCACACACACAUAAUGAAUUGCCACUCACACUACUGCAAGAGUGUAAACAAGCUCAACAAUGAGCAUUUUUCAAGUAUAGCACUCCCAGGCUUCUCUGGAAACAUCAAAGCCUAAACAGUUAUCAGUCAUCGUUAACUUUAACAAGCAAUCUUGAGUACAUGGACCAAGAAAAGCAGCAGGACAGAGUGUGAUCGGAUCGGGACAUCUAUGGUUUGUUGGUUUGUGGUCUUUGCUGCGUUGGUGCAGCACAUUAGAACUAUCUAAAGAAUCAAUACUCAUAAAAAAAGUAUCGAUACUCAGAUUGUGACAUAAAGCGUCGCGAUAUAUAUCGCCUGAUGAUAUUUUUUUCCCAGCUCUAUUAGCUAUCUAUUGACACCCACUGAUAGUGAUGAGUUUUGCAAGAUUACUAACCACUGGACAGUACAGACACUCAGAGAUGGCACAUUUGCGGAUUCAUUUUCAAAAAAACAAUUUUACAUCAAUUAGGUGAAAGUGGAUGGUUUUGCACAGUGCCGAACCACAGGGGUUGAAAAGCACUGGCUUAGUCAAUCCAAAAAAUGAUCAAGAGGCUCAGCUUGGUGGCCGUAAUGUGAGUGAAAUAGGAUAAUUUACAUUCUCAUCUCGUGCAAAUGCACAGCAAUGAUCUCAUUGGUUGCUAUUGACGGUGCUAGACGUCCAAUCCGUUCGAAGUGGGAGGGUUGCCUUCCCACUUCAAAUGUUUAUAAUGUCUACUAGUGAUAAACUCAUUUAAAUUCACACCAAAAGAAAUGAGCCAAUGAUUGGACGCCUAUCACCGUCAAUGGCAGCCAAUGAGUUGAGCUGAAAAGAACUACUGUCCAGGUACUUUUAAUCAUUUUUCCACUUUUACAGGCUGGCAGAUUGUCAAUUAAUGAUCAGGAUGAUGUUUUUGUGAUCAAGUGUAAUGUAAAUAAAUAUGACUUUAAUGUAUGACCUUUAAUUUGAACACCACCGCAUGAUCAUGUUUUAGGGCCAUUGACGGUGAUGGACGUCCAGUGCUUAAUUUGUAAAUCAUAAGGUGCCGGAAUGCAAAGUACAUAUGACAGCGUAGGGAUGACGAGACGGGCACAGGUCUUGGAACAUACGCAGAAUAUGGUGCUGAAAAACACACGCAAAUGCCCACUUGCCAUGCUGUUGGACUUAUAAGCUUCAAUUUCAGAUAUCCAUGGUAUAAAUGUUAUGACAACAAUUUACAAUUAUUUAGGCUAUACCCUGCACAGCACGGGCAAUUGCCGACAUAACCACAGGUGGGACUUCCUGUACACAGUCAGCAACUAGUUUCUCAACAGGUCUAACUUGUAAAACAUAAAAAAAAUCUGAUUACGAUAAAUAACACAAACACAUUCUUUUGAGAGUUUCACCCCCCCCGUUUUCUCUGGAACCAAAGUUCCCACCUCCUGCCAAAUAGUGCAACCCAAACCCAAAUUUCCCAUAAGGGUACUAGCCUGUUGCUCCGGCUGUUGGUGGUCGCCCUGGCUGACCGCUGGCGCUGUAGCUGGUCCCCACGCUGGGUGGCGCUAAACCUGACCAGCUGUUGCCACGGUAACAGCCUC